UGCGCUUUGAACUUCGCUCGCGUCGCAGGCCGCAGCUGAGCGAAUCCUGGAAGGCCCUCCUCCCAUAAAAGCCCUUCGCCGCCUGCCCUGCCACUGCCACCCAACUGCCUCCCCACUUAAACGCAACCGCCCACUCACGGAAAAGUGACGACGACGACGACGACGACGAGCGCAACCGCCGCCUCGCCUCGCGUGCGCGGAGGCGGAGAUCGAAGUGCCCGACCAAACAGACCAGCCUCGAUGGCGCUCGCGGCAGGGAGGCGAGGGCUCUCCGCGCUCGUGGCGCUCCUCGCCGCAGCCGCCGCGGCCACCGCCGAGGCGUCCGGCGCCGACGACUUCUUCUCCCCUCUCGCGCCGAUCUUCGCGCCCGUCAUCAACUCGAUCUGCAGCACGGUGGCCUGCGGGAAGGGGAACUGCACGGUGGCGCCGGGGACGCUGGGCUACCGCUGCGACUGCGAACCGGGCUGGACGCAGCUCCAUGUCGGCGACCACCUCAGGUUCCUGCCAUGCGUCAUCCCCAACUGUUCCAUUGACACUUCGUGUUCCAAUGGUUCGCCAGCACCAGCACCGACGCCUUUGCCAGCACCUAAAAACUUCUCGCUCGACCCAUGUGAAUUAGCAUACUGUGGCACCGGAGGCACAUGCAGGAACGGCUCUGGUCUCAGCUACCACUGUGAGUGCAAGGAUGGUGACAGCAACCUUCUCAACAUGACCACAAUGCCUUGCUUUCAGAACUGCUCCAUUGGUGCAGAUUGCUCAAGAAUUGGGAUCCUCCCCUUCUCAAACUCUUCCAGCAAGUCCCCUGCACCACCUGGCUCGGAAAGCAUUUCUAACAAUGGCAAUGUAGCAGCACCAGGAUCCAUUUCGCAGAGAAUCCUACUGCCACUGCUUGUGGUGGUCUCACUGGCCAUCGGUCAGGCAAUAUAGAUCGAGGAUGGAGCAUCGCACGGUAGCCCUAGAUUGGUUUUAUCCACGGGACAGGAUAGAGUUGAUAGCCUGUUAGGGAUACGCUUUGGGAUGUGCUAUACUGCUGCAUGGUUACAUUUGAUAGUUGAUUUCCAUUGUAGGAGAUGUUAGGGACUUCAUCAGUUUCUGUCGAUAUGGAAUAAUGGAGUAAAUGUUUAUGUGAAUAAUGGAGUAAAUUGCCUGUUUAUGGGAUUA